CUGUUUCACUUCCGCGGAGGUCGUACUUUGACACUAAAAGACUUUGUUAGGAGCGGCAGUUUUGUGUGUUUGUAAUUUAGUGUUUACCACUGUGUUUACAGUUAAAAUGGACCAUACGUCAGCUACUCAUGUGCUCGAGUUUGAUGAUAAAGUGUUUUGGUUCGAGCUUUCACCAUUUGAAUGGUCACAGAAUCUGUUAUGUAUCGCAUUCACAAAUAAAAUCACUGUCGGCAAACUACGAUUCCAGGAAGAUGAGGAGGAAAUGGCAGAGAAGCUGGAGUACGUCACUAUCAAAGAAUACCACCACACUAUUAGAACCCAUGCAUUGGCUUGGAGUCCAGAAACAUGCCUCGAUGUUUUGCCAAAGUGCCUAAUAUUUGCUAGUGCAGAUUCAGACUUUAAAGUCAGUGUAUUUUCAAGUGACCUUGAUUCAAAUCAUUCUACAGAAGUUCUGGAAGGGCAUAGGGAUUACAUAAACUGCAUUACAUUUGACACUGAAGGAAGACUCUUAUUUUCUGGAAGUGAUGACAACACCAUGAAAAUGUGGGAUGUUAAGGAGACAUUCAGCUGCAUAGGAUCACUGAACUUCAAUUCCCAAGUUAUGUCUGUAACGUGUCAUCGCGAUUGUCCUGAGAAUGUGCUGGUCGGCCUUGCACGGGAUGUUGUGCAUCUCGUUAGCAUCCAGCUGAGACGUUCGCUCAUGUCGUUCCCCACCAACAGCAGUCCACUCCAAAUGGCUGACUGGGCUCCUAGCAACAGCAAGAGCAUUGCUGCCUUAUCUGGUGGGGAAUUGGUGGUGUGGGACAUUUCCAAGACAAGCUGGCCCUCUGAAAGUAGAGGAUAUACUGUAUAUGGCCAGUAUCUUAAAUACUGCCCAUCCAGUGAAAAUCACAUUGCAGUAUAUGGACGACCAGAUCAUCAGGUCAAAGUAUACAUCAUACAAAGCAACAAGCCUCUUCUAUCUGUCACGUUAGAGUCCUCAUCUUGGAUUUCCUGGCAUUUUCGACUACCCUACAUCUGUGCUGCCAGUGAUCGUAAGCUGUGUUUCUGGAAAGUCUCCACAAAAUGAAAUUUCCAGAAACGUUUUAAACAUGUCUAUGGAACCAGAGACUUAUUUUGAAAUCACUUUAAGAAGACAUCUCUGAAAACACAAUGAAAAAGGAUGCUAAGUUUUUCUUACAUUGUCGUGCUAGUGAAUUUGUGAUUGGAGUUAAAUGUGAUGUGCUUGUUGUAGUGUAAAAUAAAAGAGUCAAAUUUCAUGAUAACAUGUAUUUAAGAUGCUAAGAAAACAUUCAAGAUAACAGUUCAACAGAUGGAAUCACAAUGUAUAUUGAGUAUAUAUACUUGUAGCUUGGAUCACUAUUCUCUUCACAACGAUGUUACAUCCAUCUUCUGACAUCCACAGUGACAAGAAUGCACUACGAAACAUACAAUAUCUUUAAAAAGAAAACCACCCUGGUGCACCCGGACGAUCCUUUGAACGCUCUAUGUAUUUUUUAUAUCCUUCUUUUGCCUCUUCCAGAGAUUUCUUGUCUUUUUCUUCACGGU